GAAGGUACUGAGGUUUAAGUACGUAUUUAAUAACUUAAAUAACUUGUAUGGUCACCUUAUCUCGUUCCUUUUUUUGAAGGGAAAAUGUUCAGUGACCACAAGUUCAUUGACCCAAACGUCACAUCUGUACGAGUCUGUUUAGCACAUUGUUUAUUACAAAGCGCGUUCAGGAAUAGAAGGGAAAAAAACCUCCUCUAUAAUAAUGCCCAUUUAAAAAAAAAGAAAAGAAAAAGAUGUUCAACAAGCACAUGGUGCUCGUUCUUGAGGAUUGGUCUCCAAGUGUCUAAAUGACUGAAUUAACCGAUAGAAUUCCACUGAACAGUGUGAAUACAUCGCAAAUAUUGAUAAGCAUUCAUGAUGGCGUGGACGAGGUCCCCGUGUUGCCUCGCUCUCGUCUUUGUCUGUGUUAGUGCUGCCACGAUUGAGACCUUACACAAACUCGAUGAUCUAAAAAACAAAACUUUUGGUCAUGAGUACCCACGCCACGGUCUUUUCCUGCUGCACUGGCUGGCCAACCACAUCUCCAUCAAUCACGCAGAAGACAUCCUGCUUCAUUUUAAUCCUGCACGACAGGACUAUGGCUUCCACGACUAUAAAAACACCAACAAUAGAAAUAGCACCCUUCCGCACUUGGAGGACUCAGGUGACAGAGCGUACUACUCUUUGGGCAGGCUCAGCUCAGAGGCGGUCCGAACCAAGCUGCCUCCAUACGUCACACAAGACUACUACAAUGCCUUCGAGGACCCCAAGAGAGACCUGGACCGCAUAGUCGUCAGAGUGCAGACUAGCAACCCAAGCCAAGCAGACAAAGUGUACAUCACACAAGCAGUGAGCAAUGAGCAAGAGGUGGACUACGACUCAGAUGAAACCUAUGAGAUCAGUCCUAAACUCCUGAUGCAAGUACAAAUUCUCAAAAACCCUCUUGAUUUAAUACAAGCUCUGGAAUCACAUGUGACUGGCGCUCAAACCUCAGAUGAUCCUAGACUUGUCCUCUCCAAAGAGCAACUUCUCAAACACUUGAAAUAUUCUGACAAACGUCUUCAGACUAUUUAUGAAGACCCGAGUGUGAGGUGGGUUCUGUUUCUGGCUGGAUACGACAUAGAGGACAGGUACAGGAUCCAUAAGAAUACUUGGUCCUGCUCAAAUGAUGAGCCAACCCAGCAUGGCCAAACCUCCAGUGCUCCUGAGACACUGUGUGAAGGCCACAGUACAGUAAACAUCCAGGUGAAAUCCACAGAAGAUGGCUACGCAAAAAUCAUUUGGAGCGGUUUACCGGAAAACAUCCUGAAACAGAACACUACCCUUGUCCUGUUCAGUAGCGACGCGUCUAGUGACAUCGAGAGGUUCACAAACAUCGACGGCCAAACUUCGGGAACCUACGACACCUACCUGCCGCUGAAUCACGGAAUUCAUCCACGUCUGGUCACGUUCAGCUUGGCCUUCGAGUACGGUUUCAUCGGUCUCCGUUACGCAAUAAUUUGGAGAGGGCCACAGUUUGACGAGGCAAACAGAGCGAUUCCUACCGAAAUCACGGACUACAACGCAAGCCUUCAACUUUACACCAAAAAUGGCUACGCGUGUGCUCGGAUAUAUAUCGGAAAAUCCUUCACUUAUUGGGAAAAAGAGUUUGCCAACUCAUGGGUGUCUUUCUACGGCAGCUCUGAAGAUCCCGACAACAAAUACCAAUCCUAUCAGUGGGUCACAAAGUUCACGGAAGUUGACAACACUAAAGAAUAUCUCAUCUACGAGUACGAGUCAUCCAUGAGUAUCGGACCUGGAGUCCAAGCUCGCUUUCUGUUCUCCACUCGUUAUUUCUUCAGGAGGUUUAGUUCUACAACCGUCAAAGCUCGCACUAUUCCUUGGGAGAGUGAAUAACUGAUUAGAGCAGAGCAUAUAAUAUAUAAUACAUAAGAAAACCCUGUCUUGGAAACAAAUUAGCAUGUGAUGAAAAUGAUGUUUAGCUGUCAGGUUUCAUUCCAAUGAAAUGAACUGAUGCAGAAACAAUAAAAAUCAAUCAAUCAAUGAAUAAAUAAAUAAAUAAAUAAGAAAGCAAAUUAUCACAAAAAUUAGUGCAACUGUGAUUGGGGCUGGUGAGGGGAUGAGUGUUUAUAGCUGCUAUAAUGCGAGUAAGAACAGGAUGCAACACUUUUCAUGGACAGUACACAUUAAACGUAACUAUAAAUGGAUAAAAAGUCAGAUUCAUCGGUUUUUAAUUAGAUACCAUAUGUUUGUCAAGCACUUUAUUAAUAUAAAGUUAUUCCUAAAUUUGAAAUCCUAGUUUUUUUUUUACAUUUACACUUUCUUCACUUUGGCAAAUGCUUGAUGUCUACAAAGGCUUGUAGUCGAUAUUAGAACUGUUCUAAUGUGCGAAUAAAAUAAUUUAUAUGUC